AUUUUUUUGGCUGAAAAUUUUUCGCUUGGCUCUAAACUUGGCUAAAAAUGAUGUGGUUUUUCUACGUCGCAAUUGUGAUUAUUGGCUUUUUUUCACCAAAGUUAAUUGAUAAAUAUAACCGAAAGCAAAAGUUGAGGACAUUGAUCAAACAACGAGCGGCUGAUAGGAAAAUUAAUUUCGAAUGGGCGAAAAAUAGUUUCCAAAAACUGGACGAGUCCCGUGCCGUGGAAAUCAGUGCGAAACCAUUCGAGGAGCUUAGAAAUUCGCUGAAAAAUGGAGAAAUCGGACCUGUUGAGACCCUGCGAGCUUUUCAGCGAAAAGCUUAUGAGUCUACAGAGAAAACUAAUUGUGUGUGCUUUUUCAUUCAGGAAGCCCUAGAAAUCGCGGAAAACCUAGAGCACCUCGCCACGGACCCAAACUACCAGAAGCCCCCGCUUUUCGGUGUCCCAGUGAGCAUAAAAGAGUCGAUUCACGUCAAAAACUUGGAUUCGACGGCUGGAUACGCACAAAAAAUCAAUAAUCCGUCGGACGCCAACUCGGUCUCCGUUGAUCAGUUGAUUCGGCUGGGAGCUGUGCCAUUUGUGCAUACUAAUAUUCCAAUUGCUCUUUUGAGCUAUGGAUGUAGUAAUGGAGUUUAUGGUACUACAUUGAACCCAUUGGAUAACUCAAGAGUCCCCGGUGGCUCUUCCGGAGGUGAAGCUGCUUUAGUUUCCCUUGGUGGAAGUGUUCUGGGAAUUGGCACAGACGUCGGUGGAAGCAUCAGAACACCUGCAUCAUUUUGUGGGCUCGCUGGUUUCAAAAGUUCUUCGGACAGGUCGCCUCAGCUCGGAAAAACUGCUUCGAUUCCCGGCCGCCAGCUCCUCCUUUCCGUCGAAGGGCCUAUCGCAAAAAAUAUUGAUGUCUGUGUAGAGUACCUGCGGCUCAAAUGGAAUGACCCACUGCUUUACAAAAAGGACGUGUACAUGCCACCCGUCAAAUUCCAAGAAAACCUGUACAACUCUGAAAAACCGCUGAAAAUCGGUUACUACACGUUUGACGGCUACCAGACGGCCUCUCCGGCCUACCAACGGGCUGUACGGGAGACUGUGGCGGUGCUCAAGGAGCUCGGGCAUGAGCUUGUGCCAUUUGAAGUUCCGCAACCGGACCAUAUGUACAGUAUUUUUUGCGCCGGGGCUACGGCCGAUGGAGGGCUCUAUUUGAUGGAUAGCUUGGCCAAUGAUAUUAUCCCACCAGAAGCAGAUAUUGGAUUUCCAGUAGCUAAGCUCCCACAUUUCAUUCAAAGACUUCUGAGAAAAUACUGGCACCAUCGUAGGGAACGCCAAAUUAUUCAGGAAUUGCCACAUGACACAGAAGAAAUGCGUCAAAUGCACGAAAAAAUCGAGGACUACCGUCACGAAUUCGUACUGGCGAUGCGUGCCAAGAAGCUUGACGCCCUGGUGUGCCCAGCAUUCGGAUGCCCACCCCCGCAUCACGGAAUGCCCAACAAAAUCCUCGGAGCCAACAGUUACCCGGCUCUCUACAAUCUGAUAGACUUUGCAGCUGGCACUGUGCCAGUUACCGUGCAAAAACAGGAGGAUGAAGUGGAACUUCGAAAAAUGAAGACUGAAGAUUCGUGGGAUCGUAGGGUGGUGACUGAAUCCAAAAAUUGUAUUGGACUGCCGGUUUCUGUUCAAAUUGCCACUCCACCGUACCGAGAAGAAAUGUGUCUGAGAUUGUUGAAGCAGGUGGAAGCGAAGAUCGGAUUGUAUAGUAGAACACAUUAAUUCACUUUUUUUUCUAAAUUUAAAUAUUGUUUGUUUUUGAUAAAAAAUUAUAAUGUUC